UUUUUUUUUUUUUUUUGAGAGAAAGAAGAAGAAGACAUUAAUUAAUAUGGGUAGAGUCUUCAUUAUAGAGAUCGAAGGAAGAUCUUAUAGAUGCAAGUGCUGCACUAUUCCUCUCGCCCUCGCCCAUGACAUUAUUUCACGGAAUUUCAGCUGCAGUCGCGGGAAGGCAUACCUGUUUAAUACUGCUGUGAAUGUAACUGUGGGAGCUCAAGAAGAAAGGAUGAUGAUAUCUGGUUUGCAUACAGUAUCAGAUAUCUUUUGCUGCAACUGUGGACAAAUUCUUGGCUGGAAAUAUGUUAUAGCACACGACAAGUUGCAGAAAUACAAGGAAGGGAAAAUUGUUUUGGAAAGAGGCAGAGUGGCGAGAGCUGGAGAGGGGGUGAACGAUCUGAAUCUCGAGUCUUCUCCUAGCUUGAGCGACACAGAAGAUGCUUAGCAGAUUUUCUAGGGUUUAUACAAAUGAGAUG